CUCUUUUACACAUUUUACUUCGGUGGCUACAGUCAGAAGGAGCCGGUUUGAGUUCGAAGUGAAUGCCCGAAGCUUCUGCUAUUGACCUGAGAUCUCUGCGUUUUCUUUCGAGAAAUUACUGAUGCUUUGUGAGAAGUAGUUUAUUAGAUUGAACAUGGAUAAGAUGUCUUCUGAUUGUCCGUACCCAGGUUGCUUCUUCUGCGUCAUGAAGGAAGGUAAUCCAAAUAAACGCCGAACAAGUAUUCUGAAAUUCUUCAGAGAGCUACCUUCUCAGGAUGAUGAUGGUCAGGUGCUUCCAAUUAGUGGCCUCUGGAAUACUGCAAUGGCACAUCCAAAUGACCCUGAAUUCAUUGACUUGGGGAUAUUUGAAUGCAUGGCUGCACUUAUAUGGAAGGGUUUAAAGAAUCGGCGCUGGCUGUCUCAUGACCAAAAUAUAUACAUCCCCUACUAUGCCGCACACAUCAUUGGAUCUUACACUAUGAAUAGGGAAGAUUUUGCAGAAAGUGCCGUGCAUGCUGGAGUAAUUCCUCCCUUGGUUGAGCUCUUGAGAGGCAGGUUAACCUGGGUGGAACAAAGAGUUGCAGUGCGGGCCCUAGGACACCUGGCUACAUAUCCCAGCACUUUUCCUACGGUGGCAAAUCAUGGGGAAAUCCUUGAACUUGCCAUUCAGCUGGCAAUGAGUUCACUAGAAAUUGUUUAUUCUCAUUUCCACCAGAAUGUGGACAGAAGACUUAGUUACCAUUGCGAUCUGCUUACGCGUGGCAUGGGUGGUGUGGAAAUGGAAUCAAGGAAGGCAGAGGAAUGGGCCAGUCAGUUACAGUGCUGGUCUCUUCAGCUCAUUAAUUGCUAUGCAUUCAAAUCUGAAUUUCUCUCUAUUAUAUGCAAGCCUGAAUUCUUGAUCAAACUCCCUGGGAUGUGGGGUGGACUAGUAAAUGAAAAUUCACCAGCUGGUAUUGGCGUAUUGCGAACAAUUUGUCAUCAUAAGCUUGGCAGGGGUCCUGUUGCUAACAAUCCAGGUGUUAUCGAAGCAUUGUCUAAUAUUGCCCGCUCAUCAGAUGACUGGCAGUAUAUGGCUAUUGAUUGUCUUCUUUGGUUGAUUCAGGAUCCAAGCAUUUCUCAUAAAGUCAUUGAUAAGGCAGCACCUGCACUUAUAGAGCUGGCAGAAAUCACAACACUGGGGGACCACAAAAGGCUUGGGGAUUCUAUUGUCAAUGCUCUCCAAGAAUGUCUCCAAUCACAAGGAACAGGACGCAACUCCAUUAGUAGCCGCACAAAAGAACAGAUUGAAGAUUUACUGAAUUCUAGACGGCGAUUUAAAUUGGAGAAGAGCAUACCGAAGGAGGAUCUCCAUAUCAAACAGGCAGCAGCACUAGUUGUCAAGCUCGAAGGCAAUUCUCUCUUCUCUUCAGGAGAUAUGUCUGGAGCUGCAGCAAAGUACUCUGAAGCUUUGGCAUUGUGUCCAAUGAGAUCCAAAAAAGAGAGAGUAGUAUUGUACAGUAAUCGAGCUCAGUGUCAUCUUCUAUUGCAGCAACCCUGGGAAGCCAUUAGUGAUGCUACACGUGCACUGUGUCUCCAUAACCCUCCUAAUCGUCAUGCCAAGAGCCUGUGGAGAAGAGCUCAGGCAUAUGAUAUGAUUGGUUUAGCAAAAGAGAGCCUUUUAGAUGCCAUUCUAUUCAUUAAUGAGUGUUCCCAAUCAAAUGUUCCUGAUCUUUCCAUGAGGCAAAAUAAGGUUCCUGACUAUGCGGAGCGCUUGGUCAAGAAGCAAAUGCGUGCGGCUUGGCUAUUUAGAGAUGCAGCUAUCAAGCAUGGGGGUGUCCAUUGUGACGGUGAUGUAGGUGAUAUCUAUGGCCAACAUGCUGAUGAUUCCGAGUGGGAAACAGCUAGUGAAAGUGACAUUGGAACUGAUGGAAGAACAGAAAUGGGUGAUGAGGACAGCGAAUGGAAAGAUGAUGAUGAAAGGAAAGAUAAAUACAACAAGCCUUUGGUAAGAGAGAUAAAGCAUGGAUACAAUGUGCAACUUGCAGAGGAUGAAAGCUGAUUACUUGGUUGAGGCCAUCUUUACAGAUGUAGACUUGUGCAUAUGAUUAAAUUCACAAACCAGGCAGAUGGGGUAGAUUGGUUUUGUCUAUCAUGGCUUUGGCAUAAUUUUACUUGAUACACUGGAGGUACUUUACUUGAGCCUUUGGAAGGUCUAGCUUGAAGAGUCCUUGUGUUCAGGGAUCAAACCUGUUAUAUAUGUAGUCUUUCAUCCUUCCUUUUCCUUAGAUUUGAAGAUUUAGCAGAAAAAAAAGGUAACUGUUGAAAUUUUGUUAAAGAACUGGUAAUUUAUAAGUGAUCAAGAGAAGUGUAAAUAGAACCCUAGAGGUUUCAAUUUUUUUCAGUGUGAGAUAAUAGAUAUGCUUCUGCUUUGUCUCUC